UAGAGCCGCUUUAUCCAGAGCGGCACACACCGUCAACAGCGAUGCACACUUAGCGCUCGCUCCAAACAAACAACAAGCAAACAACAACAAGAGUAAACAAUGAACGCCGCCACCGCCGCCUCCUGCCUGCUGGUCGUCGGCUUCAGCUGCUUUCUGUACGGCGGCGGGGACCUGCUCUCAUCGCUGCUCCGUGUCUCCGUUACAGAGCCCUCCAUGCCCGAGCCGGGAGCUGCUCCGCGGCGGAGCCCGCAGGGAGUCCCCUACACCGACCUGCCGCACAUCGUCAACGCCGACGGACUGCACCUGUUCUGCCGCUACUGGGAGCCCGCCGGCCCGCCAAGAGCGUUGGUGUUUGUUGCCCAUGGAGCGGCCGAGCAUUGUGGGCCGUACGAUGAGAUCGCUCAGAGGCUGAAGGAGCUUUCUCUGCUGGUGUUUGCACACGACCACGUGGGUCAUGGCCAGAGUGAAGGAGACCGGAUGAUCAUCAAAGACUUCCAGGUUUACGUCAGAGACUCCCUGCAGCACAUCGACCUGAUGAAGUCCCGCCACCCCGAGCUGCCGGUCUUCAUCGUGGGACACUCAAUGGGCGGUGCCAUCUCCAUCCUGACCGCCUGUGAGAGACCUGAGGAUUUUUCUGGAGUGGUUCUGAUCGCUCCAAUGGUCCAGAUGAGUCCGGAGUCGGUCACACCCUUCAAGGUUUUCAUGGCGAAGCUCCUGAACCACAUGCUGCCCAGCCUGCCUCUGGGCGCCAUUGACUCCAAAUGGAUUUCACGGGACAAGAAGCAGGUGGAGGCGUACGACUCCGAUGAGCUGAUCUUCCGUGGGGGGGUCCGGGUGUCGUUUGGCAUGCAGAUGAUGGCGGCGGUGGCUCGGAUCGAGAGGGAGAUCCCGUCCAUCAGCUGGCCCUUCCUGCUCCUCCACGGAGACCAAGACAAGCUCUGUGACAUCCGAGGAUCCAAGACCAUGUUUGAGAACGCCUCGAGUUCCGACAAGAAGAUCAAGGUGUAUGAAGGAGGCUACCAUGCUCUCCACCACGACCUCCCGGAGGUCGCUGAGUCGGUGCUGAAGGAAGUGAACGGUUGGAUCACAGAGCGUCUCCCCGUCGCCACAUUGCAGCAGAACUCAUAGAUUCAACCCUGAAAACUGGUUUCCAGAAGCCUGCUCAGCUUCUACUAACAACUACUGAUCCUCCUGGAGACAUUUGGGCAUCAGUUCCUCUUUACUAAAGGUUGUCUUCUGGGUUUAUCUUCUGGGUUUAUACUGAACAAUGAGACUACCCUCCUUCUGACCACUGGUUUAACUGUAGUUACUGUAGAGAGGUUUAUCCUCUGGGUUUUUACUGCUGUACCCCCUCCUCCUGACCAGUCAGACCACUGGUCUGUAGUUAUUUAGAUACUCAGCGGUAUAAAUUAAAUCAGGGAAGCGUCUCAUCCUGCAGCUGACCAUGCUGGAGAUCAAAGUUCAGAGUGCAAUAAUGAUAUUUCUGUCUCCUCACUCGUACCAACAGCCAGAUUCCUAAAAUCAGGAUGAUAGAAGUGAUUUAGAACAUUAUUGAUCUGUAAGGGAUCAUUCAGCCGUUCAGAGAAAGGUCAGAGGAACCUCCACAGAUCCACAGGAAGGUCUGAGGAACCUCCACAGAUCCACAGGAAGGUCAGAGGAACCAUCUCAGAUCCACAGGAAGGUCGGAGGAUCCUCCACAGAUCCACAGGAAGGUCAGAGGAUCCUCCACAGAUCCACAGGAAGGUCAGAGGAGCCAUCUCAGAUCCAGAGGAAGGUCGGAGGAUCCUCCACAGAUCCACAGGAAGGUCAGAGGAUCCUCCUCAGAUCCACAGGAAGGUCAGAGGAUCCUCCACAGAUCCACAGGAAGGUCAGAGGAUCCUCCUCAGAUCCACAGGAAGGUCAAAGGAUCCUCCUCAGAUCCACAGGAAGGUCAGAGGAACCUCCACAGAUCCACAGGAAGGUCAGAGGAUCCUCCUCAGAUCAGCCCCCCUGGACAGUGAUCAGCUCGAUAUUUAGUUCACUAACCUCCUCUGGCUCCUCCUCGAUUUCUUAAAUGGAGUAAAAACACCUGAUUUUAGUUGCAGCUUCCUGUCUUCUAUCUCCGUGUCUCUUUGUUUGGUCUGAAGACUCUAUGAGGCAGAUGGUUGGUGAACAUCUAGUCCAUCUAAACCCGGCCUGAGGUCUGGAGGUCUGGUCAGUCUAGUCGUUAUUCUUUGGUUUUUAGAAGUGAAGUGAAGAUUUUCAUAUUUCUAGAGUUUGUUUUCUGAUACCUUCUGACCCCUGCAUUCAUAUCGACCUGCAAACACCAUAAUAACAACAACAAUAAUAAUAAUAAUAAUAAUAAUAACAAUAAAAAUUACUGCUGUAAUCCAUUCAUAUCGACCUGUAAACACCAUAAUAACAAUAAUAAUAAUAAUAAUAAUAAUAAUAAUAAUAAUAAUAAUAAUAAUAAUAAUAAUAAUAAUAAUAAUAAUAAUAAUAAUAAUAAUAACAAUAAUAAUAAGUUCUGUAAUCCAUUCCUAUCGACCUGUAAACAGAAACGUUCCCUCUAAAGGCUGUAAUCUUCUAGUAACCAGAUGAAGCUGCUGGAUUCUGCAGGAGGGAAUCAGACAGUGACCUUCUGGCAUUCAGGCUCCGGCCGAUUCACUGUUGGAGUCUGGAGACGUUUUUUAUGAAGUUCAGACGUUGAGUCCAGCUGGAAGCCAAGGAAUCAUCUGUGUUCAUUUAACAUCUGCUGUCUGUGAAUCCUUCAUCCAGAGCAGAAUAAAUGUCGUCAGAACAAUAGAAAACAGUAUCUUCUGUCCACCAGGUUCCAGUGUAGGAGGUCUUUCAUUCGAAAAAAAAUGGUGGUAAUGGUUAAACUUUGGGCUUUUAAAGCAGUUUCUGGGCUUUUUAUUUGAACCUGUCACGUUUUUUACCAACUGUGGGCUCAUUUGUUGCUGCAAUAUAACCUCUUUUUUACCGAUGUUUUUAAUUUACAAAACUUGUUACUUGACAUGUAACAUUAUUCUGUAUCCAGAACUUUUACCAACACUUUAAAAAGUGGUGGCUCUUCAUAUUACAGAUAUUUAACUAUAUUUUUAUUUCUUUAGUAUCUGUGGUCUCUGUGUUUACACUGCCUGCAGUUCAGACCAAAAGUCCAUGAAUUUUUGUUAACUGACUGUUGUUUCCACCUGAGUCAGUAAAAACUCAACAGCUGUGGGGAGGAACGGAGAAUUUUUAGUUUUUUACAGAAUCUGAGUCCAGCAAACGUUUUAUUUCUGUUUUGUUUUUUUUAAAUGUGACAAUUUUAAUGAAUUAUCAUAAUUUUAAGCUUAGAUUUGCAAACUUUUUCAGAUAAAACCAAAAGUAACACAUGAUUAGUUCAAAGAUCAUUGGAAAGUUUAAAAUCUGACAAGUUUUUACGUUUUGUAGCUCUUAUUAAUGGGGGGAUUUCAGUCAUUUUUAAAUGUAUAUAACAUGCAUUUAAAAAACGGUUCACAGGGUUAAAUGCAGUUAAAUACUGAGAGAUAUUGAAGUCAGACCUAAAUCACAGCAAUAAUGUCCUGUUAGCUUCUAUCCUUGUUAAUUAUAAACUAGACUCGUUAUUCUGUCAGGUCAGCUGGAAUUAGCUCAACUUUCUCCACCUUUUGUUCAUCAGACAUGAGAAUCUUCUAGCAGAUUUUCCUUCGGCUGCACCUUUUGCUUCAGAAAUAAAAAAGGUUCAAAUUUUGAAUAACUGAGGCGAUUCCUGCCGACGCCAGACGUCCCUAUGACUGUUCCAGCAGAAAACACGUCCAGCAGCAGCCUUUUAUUUCCCUUUUUAUCCCUCAGAGUUCAAACAGACUCCUGCAGAGAGUCAGGAAGCUCAGAGUGGUCUCCACGGCGACCGCUACUCAUGUAACCACGGCAGCAGCUCCUUCUUUAUUCUGCCGGGGUGAACAUCAGCAGGCUACUCAUGUGGAACCAUGACAGCAGCUCGUUUUUUAUCCUGAUUUACACGUCAUCACCGGGGAGAACGUCACAUGGCCAGAUAGAAUGAGAUGAAUGUCUGCUUCAUGACUCCUCCUCUGUCCUCAUGGUUCCUCUGGUUCUCUGAUGGUUCUCUGAUGGUUCCCUGAUCUGCUGAUUCACUGAUGGUUCUGUGAUGGUUCUCUGGUUGUUCUCUGAUGGUUCUCUGGUUGUUCUCUGAUGGUUCUCUGGUUGUUCUCUGAUGGUUCUCUGAUGGUUCUCUGAUGGUUCUCUGAUGGUUCUCUGAUCUGCUGAUUCAUUGAUGGUUCUCUGGUUGUUCACUGAUGGUUCUCUGGUUGUUCUCUUAUGGCUCUCUGAUGGUUCUCUGAUCUGCUGAUUCACUGAUGGCUUCACAGUUUUGCUGAAAAUGUAGAAUUUUGAGUGUUUUACUGAAUCUAGUUGCUGCAGAUGGUUUAUUUUUGGUGAUUUUUAAUGAGACGUAGAAUGAAUUCCUGAUUUAAUGAUAGAUUUGGUCAUUUUUUCACCAGAUCCACCCGUUAAACAUGGUUAGUUUAAAACCUUUAUUUGUUUGUUACCAUUCCUUCUGGUUUUCUAGUUCCUGGCUCUGAUUAUGGUGUCAUUUAGUAUUUUUUUAAAGAUAAAUGCCUUCCAAACCUACUGGAGGCGUUCAGAGGGUUAAAAUAAGUUGUUUUAAAACAAGCGACAGAAAAAGCAGAUGAUAAAUAGAAGGAAGUUCAAGGUUCAGCUCAUCCUCCUCUGUUUUUAGGAGCACCAGAGCAAAUAUUAGCGCCCAGUGGUCUGACACAGAUGGAAUGUAUUCAUCAGAACCUUCUCCUCAUCCAGAGAUCCUCAAACACAACCUCCUGAUCAGACUGCAGGAGAACAUCAAGAUCCUACAGUACCAGUAGUAUUCAUCCUGGUAAUAACUAGUAGAUAGGUAACAGAUCUCCUGGUAGUAGAACAUAAAGGCCCUACAAUACCAGUAGUAUUCUCUCUGGUAAUAGAUCUCCUGCUGCAGUAGAACAUCCUGGAUCCUCUCUGACAUUCUGAAGUUCUACCUGUCAGACUCCAUGAGCACAUUACUGACAUUAGAGGAACAAUAAGAGGAGAAAGCUGUCAGUAACCAUGGCAGCCCUUUAAUAUUUAUUUAAACCAGUGAACGGUAGAGGAGGUUAGGGUUAGGGUACGGCAGGGCUGGUUGUCCGGCAGCUUCUCAGAGGAUUCCCUUUGGUUGGAGAUAAGAGAGCAAAUAAUGAGCAGCCAGUAAUAGACUAAAAACAUUAUUUCCAUCCCAACCAGAAGAUUUUAAGGCCACAUUCUACACUUUUUUUGGUAAAAAUCACUUGAGCCCAGUCUAUUCAUUCCAUGUGUGCUUUCCAGGUGGAGGAUUAUUAAAGGACUCAUUCCUGCUCAGAUUCAUGCUGAUAUCCUUGUUGACCAACUGUGUGCAGAGAAAGCCAUGUACAAUAAAAAUAUCCCACUGAUUGUUAAUAUCCUAAAUAACAUGAGCAGAAACUGUUGAAUCAAACUCGAGCCAUUUUUGUAAAGAAAAAGAAUCAGUUGGUCCACUGGUUUGUUGUUUUCUUUUCUAAUCUCAACUUUAUGACUGUUUCUAAGGACAGAACUGUUAAAGGAUGGACUAACGGGGCGCCGGCCAGUCUUUCUGUUCUUACUGAUGAGAUUAAAAUGCACUGGAAGCUUUCAUUUUGCAGGAGAAGCAGCAAGAAUUGAAGAGGUCUUCUCCAAAAUGCUCCAAAUGCAGGAAAACAUGCAUUAAAUCCAUCAAGACGUCACCCAUUCCCCCACUAAACACCUUCAGAUCAGCUUCAAAUGGUUCACAUCGCAUUUUGGAACAAACACUCAUUCAAAUCUUGCUGUUUCUUUCCAGCAGUGUUGACUGGAUUUAUUUCUAGAGUCACUCUGCUGAAGCUAAUUGUAAAACACUGUAUGAUAACACAGCAUUGCUAAUGAUAACUACUCAAGACUUGCUUUGUAUUUUACAUAUCUUUUAUUUAUAGAUAUUAGUUUUACCUAUAUAUUGAUUACGCAUCGAGACGGAGGCACUUUUUAUACAAUAACCCUCCUGGUGUCAGGUUUCAUAACACUUUCUGGGGUUCCAGGUUGUUUCUGGUGAGAUUUCACAUCAAGCGAUUGUGUUUUUACUGUUUGAUGUUGAAAAAUAACUUGUUGCAGAACGUUGAAUGCUUAAACCAGAGGUGUCAAACUCAUUUUAGUCCAGGGGCCACAUGCAGCCCAAUCUGUUCUCUACUGACCAGUAAAACCAGACCAUAAUAAUCUGAAAACAACCACAACUACAACAUUUUUCCUGCCGCCAGCUACAUAUUUAGGUCAAGCCAUUCGGUAUCCGUACAUAACGUACACAUGCAGAACACACGCCUGUGCUCAGAGGAAGGUCAAUUUUUAUUAAAGAUUUCAGCCGUCGGAAAUGAUACAAAGACUGAGCAGCCUUGGAGGAGGACUGAGUGGCCUUGGAGGGGGACUGAGCGGCCUUGGAGGAGGACUGAGCGGCCUUGGAGGAGGACUUAGCGGCCUUGGAGGAGGACUGAGGGGCCAUGAAGGAGGACUGAGCGGCCUUGGAGGAGGACUGAGCGGCCAUGAAGGAGGACUGAGCGGCCUUGGAGGAGGACUGAGCGGCCAUGGAAGAGGACUGAGCGGCCUUGGAGGGGGACUGAGCGGCCAUGGAGGAGGACUGAGCAGCCUUGGAGGGGGACUGAGCGGCCAUGGAAGAGGACUGAGCGGCCUUGGAGGGGGACUGCGCUCUAUGAGGGCUUUUCUUUUACAUCGUAUUACAACUUCCAGAUCACAGUUAAUCUACAAAGGAACGAAACAUUCAGUCUCAGGUUUCUGGAACUGAACGAUCUACAAGAAGUCCUCGGUUUACGACGUCCUCAACCUACGGCUUUUUAUCAUUACAUCAGAACCGGUUACAUGGAACUAGUUGGCGAGUGAAGCGGAUGAAUACGUCAUCACGCGGUGCUAUCAGAAGAAGACUCUUUGUUUUCAUUGGCCAGUUGGAGCCACCUUGGAUUGUGCUGUACUCAGGGGAUCGGUAGGAGAGUGGGAGUUCUGACUUACAGUGGAAAUCGACUUUUGUCGCACCGUAGGAACAGAAUACUACAGUCUCUAUAGUAUUUUACGUUACGAUCAAAACAACUUGUAAAGAUCUAGAAGUGAUUUUUAAUUUACAUUCCUUUCCACAGCAGUGUGGUGAUCCUGACCUCCUGAACUGACAAAGCAAAUAAACUAAAUAGGAACUAUUAAGGAAGAAGGUUCAGUUAUCCCUCUGCCUUGUAAAUAUAUAAAAUUUAUACAUAAAAAUGUAUAAAAGUUGUGUCAGUGCAUUAACAGUAGGGUUCCACCAAACCAAACUCUGUUGACUGACAAGUUUUUACACUUUGUACAGUUUCACACCUCUGGUUUAAACAUUCUGAUUCUAAAAUUUAUUUUUCAGGAACUCGUUGUCACUUUAAUCUGAAGUGUUUCUUCAUAAAUAUCAUAAAAUUCAGUAUUAGUGACUGAGAGACUUUAUGUACCUUCCUUCAUUUAUUAAUCCCUGUUUUACCUCAGAUCACAGAAUAAUUACAACUAUCAGGUUUUCUGUAAAUCAUCUGAAGAAAUGCUAACAUGUGCUGUACAUUUGUGUUGUCUGUGCCUUAUUCGUGUGUGUCUGAGAGUCUUUUAUAGAAUGAAAACCAGUUUAUCUGUUACUGUGGUGUCACAUCUGGUUCUGGUUCAGGAAUUACCAUAGAUAGAUUAAACCUUUAUUAAUCCCACAGCCAUAUACCUUACAGUCUAUGGUAAUUAUUUACUGUCUGCUGGUCUUCCUCCUGUCUGUCUGGAUUCCCGUCCAAUCAGGGGUCAAAAAAUUGUUUCUGAAUGUUAAAAACCUCCCAGCUCCUCGAACACCUGCUGAGUUUCAGACAUUCAGAGAAACUCAACCCUUUGUCUGGUCGUUCGAACGGCUAAAUGCCUGUAAAUCAUCUGUUAGGAGGCUCAGUUCAUCACAGGAGAACCAGAUGUUCUGUUUGAUUAUUCCAGACGUUCACAGCAGAAAUAUUAGAUCAACAUUCUCUACUCAUUCAGAUUUCAGGUGGAGAUGUGGUUCAGAUUUAACUUCAGGUUAAACAUUCACAUUUCUGUUGUGUGUCUAAAAACUUCACAAAGUUUCUGUCGAUCAGUUGCAGCUUAAGACUCAGCAGUGAUGUGAAACCUACAGAAAUAAAGUGUCAUGCAGUAAAAUAAUUAAUAAAAGACUUCCUGAAUCAAAUCAAAGUUUAUUUUCCAACAUCACGUUUUGAGUCUUCCUUGUAAAGUUCUGGUUGUUUGGUUUCUCCCUGAGUCCUGGAGACGUUUUAUUGAACCAUCCAGCGCUGAAGUUCAUCAACAGAUCAGUUUUAAUUCAGAUUCAGAGAUUAAACCGUUUAAGUUCCAGUUUACUACGGUGCUGUAAAUAAUGUGUAAGUAGAUGUAAUAAUGGGUUCUGAUUGUUUCCAGACUGUUCAUAAAGGCCAAACUCUCUGACAGAAUAAACUACAUGUAUGUUUAAUGCUGGUAUCAGACUGACUUCUACUGACGGGAGUUAGCAAGAGAGAUCAUAUUUCUCCUAUAUUGGUUUCUCUUCAUUGGCUCCCUGUUAAAUCUAGAAUAGAAUUCAAAAUCCUUCUUCUGACAUAUAAAGCUCUUAACAACCAAUCUCCGUCAUAUCUUAAAGACCUGAUAGUACCAUAUUAUCCUAGCAGAACUCUUCGCUCUCAGACUGCAGGCUUACUUGUUGUUCCUAGAAUCUCUAAAAGUAGAAUGGGAGGCAGAGCCUUCAGUUAUCAGGCACCUCUCCUGUGGAACCAGCUCCCAGUUUGGGUUCGGGAGGCGGACACCCUCUCUAUUUUUAAGACCAGGCUUAAAACCUUCCUUUUCGACAAAGCUUAUAGUUAGGGCUGACUGGGUGACCCUGACGGGGUGAGCUGGUGUUUUCAUUUGCAAAACUGACUUCCCCUCUUGACGUCCCUUUAGUUUGCCCCUAGUUAUGCUGCUAUAGACCUAGGCUGCUGGGGAACCUCUCUUGAUGCACUGAGCCCUUCUCUAACUACCUAUGUAUUUACUAUAUAUACCAUUAUUGCAUUACAUUCACGCUGUUUCUUUCUGUGUCCUUUCUCCGAGUGUCCCUGGUCCCAGAGCUGGAUGCUGGAUGCUUCAGAUGUGUGGCUGUGUUUUAUGGUCCUUGUGUCCCACCCCCCACCUCUCUACCUCUACCCCUCUAUCUGUAUCCCUCUAUCUCUACCUCUACCCCUCUAUCUCUACCUCUCUACCUCUUCUGUCCCUCUCAACCCGCCCGGCCAGCAGGCAGAUGGGUCCCCCCACAUUAGAGCCGGGUUCUGCUCGAGGUUUUUUUCCCUGUUAAAAGGGUGUUUUCCUUGCCACUGUCGCCUUUUGGCUUGCUCUGGGGGUCAGGCAUAUGGAUUCUGUAAAGCGUCUCGAGACAAUUUGACUGUAAUUGGCGCUAUAUAAAUAAAAUUGAAUUGAAUAAAAUUGAAUUGAACUUCUUAACUGA